AUGGCUCAUCAUUCACAGUGUAAUCUUGCGCGGCCAUCAUGCAGAAACUGUGUCCGUCGGAAAGAAGUCUGUCCGGGUUACUUGUCGGAGACCGACACCUUCACGAACUUCAUCGUAUACGCUGGUACUCAAAGACCGGCAGAGGUGGCUGGCAUUCCAUCUACAGAGGAUGAUGCCGAGCCGCUCAUCGACGCAGUCUCCAAACAGAGAGGUCCGAUCAUCCCAGCGUGGGCCACCCCGAACGCAGUCAGUUCAGCCAACGUCGCCAGAUCACAAUUCAUUGUGGCCUCCAUGUCUCUCUUCCGAGGCAAAAACGAGAUUUCAUAUCAAUUUCUCGAUAUGAUGGACAUAUCGCAUCUGAAUAGUGUGACACUUGAACAGCGGUGUCUGACCUCUGCCAUGGACGCUUUCAGUCAAGUUCAGUUCGCGAGCACGUUGGAGAGUCCCGACUUGGCGAGAGCAGCGCGCUCCGCCUACGACAGAUCUCUGCAUCAUCUCAGGAGUGCUUUAGCUUUGGUUUCUCAUGAAGAUUUGCCGUCUUAUGAGAUUCUCGUCACCAUUUUGAUUCUCGUCUUCUGUGGACACUACGACGUCCUUUAUAAUGAUUGGAGCCCUUAUUGGCAUAAAGUGGCACUGGAGCGCAUGCUCAUCCGACACAUUCUCAGCCCGACCUCUCAGCAAGUCGAAGCUUCAGUGUUGCUUCAGGCAAGCCACAUCAUGCUAUUUAGGACACUGGUCGCAAGGAAAGCAUGCAUCUUAGACUGUAUCGGAUGGCCGAACGGUCACCCAGCGAACGAAUCCCAACGCCCGUUUUGGAACCUCCUCACCAUUGGAGUCAAGGUUCCUCGACUUUUAGAGAACUCUGACAGCAUCAUGAUUGGUAUUGGUGAACACUAUGCACCUACUACGAUAAUCGCCCUUCAUGAGGUUAUGGCAGAGCUCGACACUUUCAAGGAGGACUGGUACCAGCAGUACGACUCAGGCCGGCCAUAUCAGCUUGUCCCUACCUCUGACUUUGCACACUCACGCUGCUGCUCCUCUCUACAAGUCAGGCGCUUUUGA